AUGGCUAAUGAAGAUAUCCCUCAACUUCGAGAAGUUCGAGCUAAAGACAGGACAAUACAACAGCUAGAGAAGGAGCUUAAUCUGCACUGUGGCCAGCGAAUCUUCGAGAAAAACGAGCCUGUUGAGCAACUCUUGCAACUUCUAAAAGAAGCCAGCAACGAUACAAAUUGCAGUCUACAAGGAAAUGUUGGUGAAGAAGAAGAUAACGACAUCACUGCAGUAAAUGCUCAUCCUUUAUCCAACCGCAAAGCUUUCCCUCUGGUAGAACGUGGAAAGAACGUGACACUUACACAAGCGCAGAAGUCAACAGCACCAAAAGGCUCAAUCCCCAAAACAAAACAUCCAGGUUCUAAAAAGUCAACAAGAGAUACAAUGUACAAGCGUCUUUAUUCGGAACAUCUACAGCUACAACGGGCUUUUUCUUUACUGCGCCAUCUAGUUGCAGAGAGCCAAGGCAUACAAGGAACUGCCAAAGUCCUUUCCUGGGCUGAAGAAAAGCAGAAACUGGAGAACAAAGCAGAUGGUUUGAACGGCAGG